UAUAACAUAUUUUGUUAUAAUAAUUGGUCAAUUAGGUGAAAUGUCGUCAAAUAUAAAUACAAAUUCUCAUACUACCAAGUUAAGAGGUAAUGAAAUAUCAAUUUAUCAUUUCCAACAUCAACCAAACAAUGAUUCUGGCCAAAAGAACGAUUCUGCAGCAUCUGGUUGUUCACCGAUUUCAAAUUCAAAAAUAAUAUCUGAACCACAAAGCAAUAAAUGUGGAGGCAGAGGAAUGGCCAUUCAACAACUAUCUGAAUCUAUGUCUUCAAAAUGCAGUAUAAAAAAUUCAAAUUUGAACUUCUCAAACUUAAACAUAGAACGUUAUUUCAAGAGUCUUCAAGAAGAAAAUUUAAAAAAACUUAAGGAAGAAAAUGAAAAAAUAUGGGGAAAAUGUAUACAAUCAUAUAAGAGUACAUAACAUGUAAUUGUGUAUAAACUCGAUUCCAGUGUGUAGAAGCCGCAUUCGAGAUGGUUGAGUGAAAAUCGUAUCACCGCAAAUUCAGUAAGGAAAGGUGAUCGGGUGUCUAGAAAUUGAUCACUAAGAAUGUGAUAAAGUCGAUUACCAUAUUUACGAGUUAACAGUUUUUCUAUAACUUAUCAGUUAUCAAUCAGUGCAAUACUGUGUUUAUUUUUUCGAAUGAAUGAAUGAAUAAAAAAAAUAUAAAUAUGAAAAAUAGUAUUUGGGGUUCUAGCUAUCAGCCCUCAACCAAUGCAAAUCGGUACCUGUACUUCUGUUGUCAAAAGUCUGAAGCUAUUUUGUAGGAGAAAAUGUUACAAGUCGAUUGCCAUCUUUGAAUAUUAAAUAAUCCAAUAUUAUUAUUAACAAUUUUUUUGUAUUACAGAGCAUAUCUGUUACCUUAAUAGGUAACUCUGCGUUUUUUUUUUUUUUUUUGAUGUGUUAAUAAUAAUUAAUAAGCAGGGGGUGGAAUAAAUGAAUUCAAUUCAAAUUGCUUAACAAAUAUUCCAAAACCUUUAUAUAAGUUACAUCAAAGGUAAAAAACAAAAAAAUAAGUCAUAUUUUUAACCACAUAUAGGAUAGAGCUAUCAACUUGACUGUAUUAUGAUGGCAAAAAACAUUUAUAAACUGAUGUUUGGUUGGUCUUUUACAAAAGGUUUUAUAUAUUGGUACAGGAAAGGAUAAACUUAUUAUGUUCAAGU